GAUCAUCUGUGUUUAACGCGGGAAAGAACAACAAGACGCAUUCGUACGGAUUACAAACAUUAUUGCUAUCCAUUCGUCCAUUAAAUUAAUUAGUGUACAAUAUGGUCGAGCGCAUUGAAGACUUAAAUCUGCCCAACGCUGUGAUUGCGCGAUUGAUUAAGGAAGCCCUGCCCGAUGGCUCCAAUGUGAGCAAAGAGGCGCGUGCCGCAAUCGCAAAAGCCGCUUCGGUUUUUGCAAUAUUUAUAACAUCGUCCUCAACUGCACUGGCGCACAAACAGAAUCACAGGACCAUUACAGCUAAGGAUAUCUUGCAAACGCUAAACGAAUUGGACUUUGAGAGCUUUGUCCCAUCGCUCACCCAAGAUCUGGAAGUCUACCGAAAGAUGGUUAAGGACAAAAAGGAGAGUAAAGCCAACAACAAGAAAGACGCUUCAACUGGAGAUGCCAUAGCAAGUAGCAGCUCAGCGGUAGUAGUUGCAGAUAGUGAAGAAGCUGCCUAAUAAUAGAAUGAAUCAGGCAGCGUGUUCAAUAAUAUACUUGUUUUAUUACAG